AUGCCUAGAUGAUUGUCUUUGGGUUUUCAAGAUAGUAGUUCUUCUGGUAUAGGUGAGCUUUCUUGUCUUCAUGAUCAUGUAAUAACUAUUAUAUUUAGUGUUAUUAUUCUUAUUUCUUAUAUUAUGUUUUACUUGCUUGUAAAUAUUAAGUAUUACAAGUUUUUAUCUGAGGGCACUUUUAUUGAGACUAUUUGGUCUAUAAUUCCCGCUUUUUUACUAAUUGUGUUAGUUUUACCUUCUAUGAGAGUUUUGUACAUAGUGGAGGACGUUAAAUCUCCUGUUUUGACAUUUAAGGUUGUUGCUCAUCAAUGAUAUUGAAGUUAUGUUGUUCCUUUGUUUAAGAAUUUUUCUUUUUUUACUGAUGGUGGGGAUAAGUUUUGUUAUUAUGAGUUUGACUCUAUAGGGGAUAGGUAUGACCCUGAUGGGUGUUCUCCUCGUUUAUUAGGUUGCUCUUCUGAUUUUUUUAUUCCUGUUAAUACUACCUCUCGUCUUUUAAUUACUUCUACGGAUGUAAUUCAUUCUUUUGCUUUGCCUUCUCUUGGUUUGAAGGUUGAUGCUCUUCCCGGGCGUAUUAAUCAGUUAUUUACUAACUCUUCUCGUGUGGGUUAUUUUUUUGGUCAAUGCUCUGAGAUUUGUGGCUCUAACCAUUCUUUUAUGCCUAUUAGUCUUAAGGUUUGUUCCUUAUCGGAUUUCGAUUCUGUUUCUAAGAGGUAUAUUCUUGAUCUUUUAGGGGAUUCUUUAGUUUUUUACUUUUAGUUUU